AUGCCAAUCCCAACGCCUCAUACACCACCGGGUAGUGAUGCCCCAGAACCGAUUGCUAUAAUUGGACUGUCAUGUCGCUAUUCCGGCAUAGCUGACACUCCCGAUGGACUGUGGCAGAUGCUCUCUAAGGGCAUGACCAGUUGGUCUCGAAAUGCCCGCAACCGCUUCAAUUUAGACGCGUUCUGGCAUCCCAAAGGGGAGCUGGCGGGUUCGUUUAACCCCAGCGGACUCCACCUUCUGAACCAAAAUCCGGCGGCGUUUGACAAUGGCUUCUUCAGCAUCAACGGGGCUGAAGCCAAAGCUAUCGAUCCCCAGCAACGGCUAUUGCUCGAAGUAGCAUAUGAAGCAAUUGAGAACGCUGGAAUCCCACUGGAGCAGCUGGAAGGCUCCCAGACCGGCGUGUACUGUGCAAACUCUUAUCAAGAUUAUGAUCAGAUUCUUGGUCGGGACCCAGAAGUAUCUGCAAGCUACCGCUUUACGGGAACAGGCUCGUCGAUAUUGGCGAAUCGAAUCUCAUAUGUGUUUGACCUACGCGGACCAAGUAUCAGCAUCGACACCGCUUGCUCGAGCACUCUGGUUGCAAUCCACGAGGCCUGUCGUGCCCUGCGCAUGGGAGACAUGGAGCAGGUGAUUGUCGGCGGCGUCAACAUGAUUAUGGACCCGGAUAAAUUUCUCUCCCCAGACGGCCGGUGUUAUUCAUUUGAUUCCCGUGCAAAUGGGUAUGGGCGAGGUGAGGGGGUGGCAGUGAUCUUUCUAAAGCCACUGAGUGCUGCACUUCGAGAUGGAGACGCUGUGCGAGCCGUGAUCCGUGGGACAUCUAUUGUAUCCGAUGGUAGAACCCAAGGAAUUACCAUGCCGUCUGGAGAAUCUCAGCUGGCCACCAUCCAGAAGGCCUAUCAGUAUGCAAGACUCGACCCCAGCGAGACACUAUAUGUAGAGACACACGGAACCGGCACAAAGGCUGGCGAUAAAGCAGAAGUCACGGCCGUUGCCAAUACAUUUUGCAAGAAUAGACGGGAUCGCCAGAAGGUAUUCAUUGGGAGCAUCAAAUCCAACAUUGGCCACACCGAGAAUGCAUCUGGACUGGCCGCCAUGGUCAAAGCAGUGCUCAUCCUCGAGAAUGGUAUUAUUCCCCCAAACCCGACGUUCAGCCAAGCGAACGAAGAGCUUGCCUUGGAUGAAUGUGGUAUCCAGGUCCCAACGCAGUGUACCCCAUGGCCAAAGGAUAUUGUGCGCCGGGCUUCCGUGAACGGUACUGGUUACGGCGGGACAAACGCGCAUGUUAUACUGGAAAGACCGUCGAGUGUAUCACCAGUUGAGACACAGCUACUAGGACAGUGCAGCCAGACGAUCGAGACACAGCGACCGUACACCUUUGUGUUAACACAUAAGCACGAUGGAGGUUUGAGCAAAUGGGCUCGGAAGCUGAAGCGGCAUGUCUUGGGAUCAACCCAGCAUCCUGAAACGCUGACGCUCGAAAAGCUGGCAUUUACGCUGGGAAGCCGACGAUCCCAUUUCUCAUACAGAGCAGCCAUCACUGCGUCGAAAUGGAACGAGCUCUUGGAUGGUCUAGACCGACUUGCGAGCGGCAUGGACCAGGCCACAAAACAUGUCGGGCGACCUCGAAUCUGUUUGGCAUUUACCGGCCAAGGAGCUCAGUGGGCAGGUAUGGGCCGUGAGCUGCUCGCAAUAUACCCUGUCUUUGCUCGUUCUAUGCUGGCAGCUGAAGAGGAAUUCAUCUCGCUUGGUGCAAACUGGAGUUUGCUAUCAGAAGUUACAAAAACAGACAAAGAAUCCUUCAUUAAUGAGGCUCGAUUGGCACAGCCUUGCUGCACAGCUAUUCAAAUUGCACUUGUUGAUCUGCUGGAAUCAUGGGGCGUGAAGCCGUCCACUGUGUGUGGUCAUUCGAGUGGGGAGAUCGCCGCUGCGUACGCAGCUGGUAUUCUCACGGCUAAAGAUGCGUUGCGAGUGGCAUACUGUCGAGGAUAUGCAAUUAGAAGACUGAAGGAAGUUCACUCUGGUCUUCAUGGCAGUAUGAUGGCUGUAGGGCUAUCAGAAGCUGCAGUCGAACAGCAUAUUCAUGAAUUUGCGGGACAGGUCGUUGUUGCAUGUAUCAAUAGCCCAUCUAGCGUCACCCUAUCUGGUGAUCGAGAGGCCAUGGAAAAGGUACAAAAGAGCCUUCAGCAGCAGCGAGUUUUCAAUCGGAUGUUGGCCGUAGAUGUCGCGUACCAUUCCCACCAUAUGGGCCACGUUCGCCAAACAUAUCUCUCAUCUCUUACGGGAAUCCACGCGAAGACAUCUAGUGAAACACUAAUGAUAUCAUCCGUGACUGGUCACCUUGUCGAUGGGAAGGAGUUGGGUCCGGAAUACUGGGUGCAGAAUCUGUUGUCUCCAGUUCGCUUUUCCGACGCCGUCGUUGCAGCACUUAAAACAAGCAGGAAUGCAAUGAUGACAGCUGCACCACCAGUCGUCAUAGAAGUUGGACCGCAUGGUGCUCUUCGUGGCCCCGUCUUGCAGAUAUUCAAGUCUUCUGCAGCUGGAAAUCCAACCAACUACCUAUCCGUCCUGACACGGAACGAAGACGCUGCAAGGUCUGUCAUAAAUUUCGCAGGAAGCCUGUUCAUUCGAGGCGUACCUAUACAGUUCAACGCUGUGAAUCACCCAGGCGACCGACAAUCCACGCAGGUGCUUACGAGCUUGCCUCCAUACCAGUGGAAUCACGAUACGCUACACUGGCAGGAAUCCCGACGAAGUGCCGGGUAUCGAUUCCGCCAGUUUCCCAGGCAUGAGUUACUGGGAACACCUGUUCUCGACAACAUUGAUGCAGAGCCAACAUGGAGAAACUACCUUCGCCUUUCGGAGCUGCCGUGGUUAAAUGGGCAUUGCAUCAGUGGACAGAUCGUGUUUCCAGCAGCAGGCCACAUCACCAUGGUCAUAGAAGCCCUUCGACAGCAGUGUCUGAUUGCCGGUGAUACACCAUGGAGGAAUACUCACAUACAAUUCCGUGAUAUUAUAAUCGGGCGCCCGCUGCUAAUCACUGAGGGAAACACCUUGGGCACAGAGACGUUCAUUCAGCUCCGUCCUUACACAUAUACCACACACGAGCCAUCCACAUCCUGGAAGGAGUUUCGCGUUUUUUCAACAUCUGCAGAGGGGAAAUCGACUGAGCAUUGCAGAGGCUUGGUAAUGACCAGAGAGACACGCAAGUCCCAAUUGAAACAAGUGGCAAGUGAUGAGGGACCCAGAUACCGGACACUAGACCCGAAGAAUUUCUACAAGGAACUGCACUCGUUGGGGAAUGAAUAUUCCGGGCUCUUCACUAACCUGUCUGAGAUAGAGGCACGUCCCUGGGAAUCUCGAUGUCAAUUUCCCAUUCCAGAUGUCGCGGCUUGUAUGCCUGCUGGAUACUGCCAAAAGCACACUCUCCAUCCAGCAACACUCGAGGCCUGCUUUCAAAGUAUCUUUCCCGCACUCAAGAUGGGGGGCGAGUUGAAGGAUCCAGUUGUACUUACUGCAAUUGAAGAACUCAAUGUAUCUUCAGACUUCGCAACCGACCCGGGAACAUAUCUUUGCGUGGAAGCUCAAAAUCGCCGCUUCGGAGCCAUGAAGUAUUCAGGGACGUUGCAAGUAAUUAAUCCCGAGGACCAUGAAUCACAGCCAUGCUUGGAGGCAAAAGGCGUUGUUUUCACUGCGAUAAGGCAAAGUCGAAGUAACCCUACGAAUGAAAAAUCAUCUGGUCUAUGCCAUCGUCUGGAAUGGGGCUUAGAUCUGUCUUGUUCUUCUCCAACAAGUAUUGUUGACCACUGCAAACUCGGUGUUUCACAAUUUGGUCCGCUGCAUUUGAGAAAGAAUUGUGAUCCGCUGUGUUUGAGUUGGAUUCAUCAGACGUUAGCCGAUCUCUCACCAACCGAAGAGCAAAAGAUCUCCGGUCAUCUGAGACUCUUCCUCGACUGGCUCCACUCCAACGCACCCAAAGAGCCCCCUUCACUAGACAAAGGCUUCGAGGAACACGUAAAAGGCGUCGGCGCAGCAGGCCAACUCGUUGCCCAGGUGGGCCCUCACCUUCGCAGUAUUCUUCUCGGAGAGGUCGAUCCUCUAUCGAUUUUAUUGCAGAACGAUCUGCUGUACAAUCUAUACUUCGAUGAUGAUACGCUAAACCGAUGCCAUGUUCAGCUGAUCAACUACAUUAAGCUUGCUCAGUUUAAGAACCCAGAAAUCCGGAUUCUUGAGGUUGGUGGCGGUACCGGGAGUCUUGCCAUUCCUUUAUUGGAGGCUCUCCUUGGAAAUGAUGAUGCUCGAUUGGGCAAGUAUGUCUUCACAGACAUCUCGACUGGAUUUCUGUCAAACACACAAUCCAAGCUGGACAGAUACCAGCCGUUCGUGGAAUUCAAAAAAUUUGACAUGGAAAUCUCUGCAGAGAAGCAGGGCUUCGAGAUUGGAUCGUUUGACUUCAUCGUGGCGUCCAAUGUUGUCCAUGUUACUCACAGCUUGACCCAAACUCUGACAAACCUGCGUGGCCUUCUAAAGCCUGGCGGCCAGCUGGCUUAUGUGGAAAUCACAGAGCCUUCCUUGCGUUGGACUAUGCUUGGCGGCCCUCUCCCUGGCUGGUGGCUUGGGGCAGAGGAGGGUCGAGUGAGCUCACCACUGUUGAGUGCUGCAAAAUGGGACCAUGUCUUGAAAGCAAGUGGGUUCUCUGGGGUAUCGCUGGAGAUGAAAGAUUAUGAUUCGGAAGAGGACCACGAGCUGAGUGUGAUUAUCACUACCUCCACGUCAACACCAGAGCCAUUGGAGCCAUCGCCUGUGGAGAGUGUGUCGAUUGUCGUAAGCCCUGGGAAUUACCGUGUUUCCCAGCAAUUGGUCCAACAGAUGAAUUCUCAGGACAUUUCUGCUUCUGCAUCUUCUUUGAUGGAUACCGUGCCGGGCAAUCGUACCUUCAUCAUGCUAGUGGAAACAAUAAGUUGUGGAUUCUUGGCUUCGCUAUCGCAGGAGGAAUGGAAUAGGGUCCGGGAAAUUUUGUGUCAAGCAAAAGCUGUCCUCUGGGUCACACGAGGCGGCACCGUCGAAUGCUCCGACCCUCGACACGCCCUUAUUACUGGAAUUGCGCGGAGUGUGCGCAGUGAAGAUGAUCAGCGCAAUGUCUUCACCAUUGACCUCGAUCCCGCCGUGACUUUGGAGUUUGAGAUUGCAAAUGGAAUCCAUAAGAUGUAUGAGUAUACCCUGGGUCACGGCCCUUCCCUGUCAGCAGAAUCUGAGUUUGAGUUUGCAUUACGAGGAGGGAAUGUCAUGAUCCCUCGGUUAAUGGUGGACCAUGAAAAAAACCAGUACAUCAAGGAUAUGGUUUCCGAUUAUCACCCACAGUGGAAACUCGAUGUUGCACCGAGCCGUUGUCUUCAGUUGCAAAUUCAGACACCUGGUCUACUGGACACUUUGUACUGGGCUGAUAGUUCGGCUCAUACAGCUUCCGUCAAGCCACAUGAAGUUCGUGUUGAUCUGAAGUAUCUGGCUAUAAAUCACCGAGACGUGAUGACAGCAAUGGGUCAGCUUGAUGGGCACACAACUUUGAUCAUGGAGGGUAGUGGGACAGUGAUUCAAGUUGGUGACGCUGUCCAAGAACAGUUUGCAGUGGGCGAUUCGGUUUGUGUCUUUGAGCCGGAUGGACUGGCGACAAUCAGUAAUGUCGAUGCCCGACAAGCCUUCCAUAUUCCACUCACAAUGGAUCAAACGACUGCCGGAGCUGUUCUUGUAGCCUAUGCAACUGCGCUGUAUAGCAUCCGAGACGCAGCCCAUCUGCAAUCGGGUGACUCAAUUCUUAUUCACUCAGGCGCAGGAGCAGUUGGGCAGGCUUCAAUUGCCCUUGCGAAAUCGUUGGAUGCGGGUGCAAUCUUUGUGACGGUGGGAAGUGAGGAAAAGAGAAAUUUUGUCCGGGAGCGAUUUGGAAUCCCAGACGAGAAUAUUUUCUCAAGUCGCGAUCUUAACUUUGGCCAAGCAAUUGAUCACAGAACCCAGGGUCAUGGGGUUGAUAUCGUUUUGAGCUCCUUGACUGGAGAUGCGAUUCGAGAGAGCUGCAGAGUGCUAGCACCAUUUGGUCGAUUCGUGGAGAUUGGAAAGAAGGACCUGGUCAACAACGGUCGCUUGGAAAUGAGAUACCUGAAGCAGAAUAUAACCUUUUCUGUGGUAGACAUGGCAUUACUCGCGAAAAAGAAGCCGAAAGCAUUCCACCAGCUUGCGCAGGAUGCACUCGCGAUGGCGUCCAACCCCGGUACCCCUGACUUGGGGCCGCUCACUACCAGUCCAAUCACGGAGGUAGAAGAAACAUUCCGCACCAUGCAGACUGGCAAGCACAUCGGCAAGUUGGUUCUCGAGCGCAGCCCCGGUAUGUCGCUCAGGAUUCAGCCAGCCAAGCCACAGCCGGCGGCCCUCCGCCCAGAUGGCUCGUAUCUCGUGGUUGGAAAUGAUGACCUUGGCAAGGCAGUAGUACGAUUCCUCGCUCGACUAGGGGCAACUCGAAUCAUCACACUCUGCAGACCCGGGCAGGAAGAACUGGGGGGAAAAGAGUUGGCAGAGGAACUGAGAGAGAUGGAUGCGAACCUUGAGAUCGUUCAGGGCAGCAUCAUAGAUCCACAUGUGGUUGAACGUAUUCAGAAGCUCGGGGCGGAGUGCCCACUACGGGGAGUGAUUCAAGGUCCCACGUAUAGACGAGACGGCAUGGUUAAAAACACAACAUUCGAGAUGUGGCGUGACACCAUCGAACCCAAGAUGGUCGGAACACCGAACCUGGACAAGAUAAUAGGCUGUGACCUCGACUUUGUGGUUUUGAUUUCAAGUCUCACUGCGAUCACGGGCGGCUAUGCGCAAGGAGGUGAUAGUGCAGGCAGUGCAUUCCUCGACGCAUUUGCCCGUCGGCAGGCAAGCCGAGGGCUUCCAGUCCACAGCAUCAACAUUGACUUGGAGGCUAGGGAAGGAGUCAGGGCAGAGGCUGAAAAACUGGCCAACUUCCUCGCCGUCCUCCACCAUGUGAUCCAGCAUCCCCAGGCCCCGACUGUGGGCGCAGCUCAAGUUAUCUGUGGCGCGAGGCGAAUUGACCCCAAAUCUGGGACAGAGGAGGCUGCGCGUCAGCGUGCAGACGCAAAAUUCUGCCACACCUAUGCCAGGACAGACGCCGUUCAGUCAACGACUGGGAAAGAAGGAGCAAUGGACGCACAGAGCGAACUGCGAGCAGCAACCAACGCUGCAAAGGCGAUCGAGGUGACGCACAAGGCACUUCAACAAAAGGUCGCGCAACUUCUGCUGGUGCCGGAGCGAGAUCUUGACGCGAGUCGGUCGGUGGCCAGCUAUGGGGUGGACUCGCUCAUUUCGGUUGAGCUGCAGAACUGGAUCACGGCACAGCUUGGUGGACACGUGCAGACAGUUGAGCUGAUGAGUUCGAUGGGAAUGGUGCAGUUGGCAGAGAUGAUUGCGCAGAGGUCUCGACUGGUGCCGGCAGGUGUUUUUGCAAAGGAGUGA